AUGUUUGGAUUUCCAUUUUCUGGUCCUUUUGGUGCUUUUCCUUAAUUCAUGGAUGAAGAAAUGGAUUAAGAUUUAUAUGAUCAAUUUCCUUAGUAAGAAGAUGUAGAUAAUAAAGAACUCUAUGAAUUAUUAGAGAUUCCACCUUAAUCAGAUAUAGCUACUGUUAAAUAGGCAUAUAAGACUUUAGCUAAAAAAUAUCAUCCAGAUAGACCUGGAGGUAGUUAACAAAAAUUUUAAUUAAUCUAAAAAGCAAAUGAAGUCCUAUCUGAUCCAGAGAAAAAAAAGAUUUAUGAUAAAUAAGGAAAAUAAGGAUUAUUGAGAAAAUUAAAUGUCAAGAAUUAAUAAUUUAAAAAAUGUGAUCCUUAUAAAUUAGAACAUAAAAUUACAUUAAAAGAUGUUUAUCAAGGAGCAUAUCAUAAAAAAAAUUUAAAUAACGUUUAAAGAACAUGUGAAAGUUGUUAAGGUUAAGGUGGAAAACAAUCUACUAAUUGCCAAUCAUGUAGAGGAUAAAAAAUUGUAUAAAUGCUUGUCGAAGUUUAACCUGGAUUGAAUGUUGUAUAAUAAGCUCCUUGUCCUGAUUGUAAAGGGUAAUUUAUUUAUUCUAUUUCUUUAGAAAAGGUAAGAUAUUUUUAAAAGGCAAUGAAUGUAAAUAAUGUAAAGGAAUAGGUAGAUUAGAUGGAGAAGUAGAAAUUGAAAUUCCUAUUGAGAAAGGAGUUCCAGAUGGAUAUUGUAUAAAAUUAUAUGGCAAAGGAAAUUAAAAAGUAAGGAAAUUGUUUUUUAUUUAAUUAGCCAGGAUAUGAGAAUGGAGAUGUUCAUGUAUAUUUGUAAAUUGAGCAACAUCCACAAUAUAUAAGAAAAGGUACAGAUCUAUUCUAUUAAAAAACAAUCUCACUCAAAGAAGCUCUUACAGGAUUAAGUUUAGAAUUAGAAACUUUGGAUGAUAAAAUAAUUAAUGUGAUAACAAAUUAAAUUAUUAAACCAAAUUCAAUAAUGACAGUUAAAGAAAAAGGAUUACCAACUUUUAAAGAUGAACUUCAUUUUGGAGAUUUACAUAUUUAAUUCAAUAUAGAAUUUCCUACUUAGUUAAAUUAAAAUAUUAAAAACUAAAUAAAUGAUGUAUAUUUGUAAUUUAAUAUUAAGAUAUUACCUGGACCUAAUAUUACAAUGAAAAAUGCAAAUGCUUAUAAAUUAGAGGAAUUUUAAUUGGGAGAAUUUGAAAAGCAUUUAGCUAAAUAAGAAGAAAAUGAAGAGGAUGAUCCUAAUCAAAUAAGAGUUGAUUGCUCAAUAUUUUGA